GAAUCCAGCAGCGUAGCUCGCGGUGAGGAAACAGGACAUUUAACAACCGUCCAAAGGUUUCACAUCUUCUUGCCUGUUCCUCCUCGUUUCAGCUCGGGUUACACUCACAUCUAGACUCGCCUCUUUUCCUCCAGACUCGUUUAUAUAACUUUAUAAUCUCACUUUACAUCGUCUCUCUGCGUUUUUCUAAAUCCGCGGACACACCCUCUGGAUUUCAGGAGCCACAACGACGACUUGAAUUCUUCCGUUUUGUUGAUUAAUCCUUUAAAAGACUGAAACAUGGCAUAUCCAGGAUACGGUGCUCCCGCCGGAGGGCAGGAUCCUCUCUACGGAUAUUUUACAGCAGUAGCUGGACAGGAUGGACAGAUCUCUGCAGACGAGCUUCAGCAGUGCCUCACGCAGUCUGGCAUCGCUGGAUCAUACAAACCCUUCAGCCUGGAGACCUGCAGACUGAUGAUCAGCAUGUUGGAUCGGGACAUGUCGGGCACCAUGGGCUUUCAUGAGUUCAAGGAACUGUCCAACGUUCUGAACGGCUGGAAGGCGACCUUCAUGUCCUACGACCGUGACCGCAGUGGGACGGUGGAGGGUCCUGAGCUGCAGCAUGCCCUCACCGCCAUGGGUUUUAAUCUGAGCCCUCAGGCCAUGAACAUCAUCAUGAAGCGCAACAGCACCAACGGUCGAAUCGGCUUCGACGACUUCAUCACCUGUUGCAUAAGAGUCAGAGCCCUGACAGAUCAGUUCCGGAGGAGAGACACGAGCCACAGUGGACAAGCCAUGUUUCAGUAUGAUGAUUUCAUGCAGGUCACCAUGAGUCUAUGAAGAGGAUCAGACUGAACAAAGGGAACACCGGCCUUUAAAAACCACUCAUUCUAACACCAUGUCAUUUUUUCUAUGUGUAUUUUUUUCGCUUUCAUCAUUGUUGUAUUGUCAGAGGUUAACCUGUCAACAUCACAUUCCAUUUUAAAGAAACUUUCAUUAUAUAUUAAACACAUGUAGGGUAAGUAAAUUUAAGACAUAACCAGCUUUCUGUGACUGUAGUAACCUGAGGCUGUUUCAAUGACAAACCUCCUGCAGUGUACUGAAGGGGAUUAUUAUUAUAACUUUUACAUUUAAAGAGAAACCAAAAAAUCCAAACCACCAUUUGAGUAUAAACAUGUAUGAAAUUAAUAAAUUCACAAACUUGUAACUUCACAAA